AUGUCGAGCUGUCGGAAGGAGAAACCUGGAUCGCCAUCUGCAUCCAAGGAUCCUGCAGACAUAGCAGAGGAAUUGUUUCCAGACGCACCCUCGGAACAAGAGCAGAUGCCUGCUGAGGAUGAUGGAGCCAAUCCGCCCGAGGAGGACCUGGAGCCCGGCCUCACGGAUGAAGACGAGGAAGAAGGUCCGACCCGGCCACCGCUGCCGGAGGACAUGGGCCACCGGGCUGGCUUUCAGGCUGUCUCUGAGGGCCGACUGGAAGACGCAAUGGUCCUUGCCUCUCUUCCACUGUGGCCUUUCACGAACGAGCUCAAUUCUCGUGGCUGGACGCUGCUCCAUGUAGCGGCGCACGGAGGCUUUGAGGAGCUAUGCGCUGCCCUGUGCCGCAGAAAGGACUUCCUGUGCGUAGACAUGCCGGACAAGGAGUUCUGGGCUACACCCCUUCACCUUGCAGCAGGCAAGAGGCGCCGGAAGCUCGGACGAUCGGACUUGCAUUCCACUAGUCUGGUCGCCCUUACCCCAAAAAUCGCUAAGCAGAUUUUCUCAUCAUGGGGCGUUGAAGCUGUAUUGGCAUGUCAGUGUCUUGUUUUCGUGAGAUGUGCACUGUGGUAUAAUGCACAUAGUGUAGAACAUGAGCCGAGGCAUCUGGCGCAGUUAACAAAGCAAAAGAAAGAGGACGAGCGAGAGAAAGGCAGCCUGAGCAGUUUCAGGUCGAGUUAUCUUCAUGUCGUGUUGAGUCGGAGUGUGGGCUGCUCUUUUGUGAGAGGGGGACGAGAGAGGCGAGAGAGAGACGGCUUUCUCGUGUUACUUCCCUGUAUCCCGAUAACAAUCCCCACCCCCAUCUAA